CCCCAAAAGACACCUCUUCCGAACAGCCGCCAACAUACCUGUUCUGUGGAUAAUCGAACAGGGGGAGAGGUUUGGUGGAUGCGGAUGUAGGAAAACCGGAAAAAACAUCGAGCUUGUUUUGAUACGCGCAUCCGCCUACUUUGUUGACCGUCGCCAGUGAAGUGUGUGUUGGGCUCGCAUUGGAGAGUAUCGGAAAAAGGCGUCCUGUGAAAACCCGCUACGGAACAAUGGAACUGGACAACGUAUUCCUCAACAAGCUGCCCAUUGUGGCGGCAACGGGCGGUGACGGUACCUGGAACCAUUACGCGUUCAUCGAAAGCACCUGGGGCGAGCGGAAAAUACUGCUGAAAAUCAUUGUCUUUAGUUCGCUGUACAACACGCCGCUCAGUUUCGUGUCCGAAAUCGAGCAUGAGGUGCUUCAGCAGACGGCGCUUCGAUUGGAACAUUCGUGGGACGAUUUUCUGCAAGAAACCAAGCUCGCCCUUUGCACCGAGGGCGGCGCGAACGGGUUCAGCUACGCGGUCGAAGAGAAUAACUUCGUGUGGCGCAAGAUCCUCGGUCCACAGCUGACGUUCACGUACGGUUCGGUGAUCCUGCUGCGAUCCCAGUGUUUGCUGUCCGAUGUCCUGUCGAACUCGAUCCAAUCGUCGAAUCGUCUGCGGACCGAUGUGCUGCUGAAGAACAAAAUCCUUCGCGAGCUGAAGGAGGAACACGAGGAGUUGCUAGAGUUCCAGCGGCAACAGGAAGAGGACACGCGCCUGUACGAGAUCGAACUGAUAACCAAGUGCAUCAGCAUACUGAACGAGAAGAAGGAGGUUAUCAGUCACCUGAAAAAACAGCUAGGGGAAGAUGAAGAUGAGCAGAGCAGCGAAGGGCAAACGACGCCGCCGCCGCCGUCCGAAGCCGCCGAAGCCCCACCACCCAAUUCCAUCGAACUGGCCGCCUGUGACUUGCGCGCGGAGAAAGCCAGCAGUCGCGAUGAAUUCAAAACGACCACCGCGACCGAUUACACCGAUUCCGAACCAUUCGAUCUGGACAGCGAAGGACUGCAGGAACCGGAAGAGCAUGGAAUUCUGCCCAAGCGAACUAAGUAUCAAAUGCCGCAACGAAGCUCCACAUCUACCCCCGGCACUUCCGGUAGUACAUCGACGACCCCGCGGUAUCCGGUGUCGGUCGGCGACGAUGAAGCUCGUGACGAUGACAUAUACAACAAGGACACCGAGCAACUGUUGCAAGAAAUUUGAAGCAAACUAUUCGUUAGGCGGUUGACCUGCUUACCGUUCGAAUAGUGUUGUAUGCAUUUGCCGUUCGAUAGCGUACAACAAAGCCGAGCGCCCCUUAAAUCCCAGGGCCAUGCAACAUCAUCAUACUAGCGCGCAUCCCUCCCAAAAAAAAAUCACCAUCGUAAAAUCCCAGCCAUCCCGAUGGAGACCGAUGAACGGUAGACUAAUUAGCUCCUAAGCCUAAGCACCGUGCUACGCACAAUGUAGCAUGUCAUAGUGCAAUGGUAUAAUAUUUAGUAGGAUAAAUUAUGUGCCAAGAAGCGGGGAUAGUACCGCAAGAAACAGAACGGAACCAGCCAGGUGCAAUCUUCCCUGAGCAAACACAAUGCAACGCCCGGACUGUGCGCUGCUGAAGUGGCGCGGUUCUCGGUAGAAAGAUGUUUCUUUUCAUUUAGAUUAAAUUAUUUAUUAUUUUUUGCUAUUGUCUUAAGUAUCGACACAUUUUUCGAUAAUAAACCAUCA